AAAAGCAUGGCGGACGAGGAGACCGUGAAGCCAAACACAGAUGAAACACUCGAAGCUUCGAGUAGUGAUGAUGAUAGCAGUCACAUUGUUGGCGGUGAAAGCGACGAGACGGUGAAGACCUUCAAGGACCUGGGUGUCACCGAGGUCCUCUGCGAGGCUUGUGAUCAGCUGGGAUGGAAGAGUCCAACAAAGAUCCAGGUGGAGGCGAUCCCAGUCGCCCUGCAAGGGAAGGAUGUCAUCGGCCUGGCAGAGACUGGUUCAGGAAAGACCGGUGCCUUUGCUCUGCCCAUCCUCCAGUCGCUGCUGUCCUCGCCUCAGAGGCUUCAUACCCUCGUUCUCACCCCCACCAGGGAGUUAGCCUUUCAGAUCUCUGAGCAGUUUGAGGCUCUGGGCUCCAGCAUCGGUGUCAAGUGUGCUGUGGUCGUCGGCGGGAUCGAUAUGAUGUCCCAGUCUCUGGUGUUGGCGAAAAAGCCUCACGUCGUCAUUGCCACGCCCGGGCGGUUGAUCGACCACCUGGAGAACACAAAGGGCUUCUCCCUGCGAGCUCUGAAGUUCCUGGUGAUGGACGAGGCAGACAGAAUCCUCAACAUGGACUUUGAGACGGAGGUGGAUAAAAUCCUGAAGGUGAUUCCCAGAGACAGACGGACCUUCUUGUUCUCUGCCACCAUGACCAAAAAGGUCCAGAAACUAGAGAGAGCAGCCCUGAAGGAUCCUGUGAAGUGUGCAGUAUCCACCAAAUACUCCACAGUAGACAAACUGCAGCAGUACUACAUCUUCAUACCGUCCAAGUACAAGGACUGUUACCUGGUGUCCAUCCUGAACGAACUGGCCGGAAACUCCUUCAUGAUCUUCUGCAGCACGUGUCACAACGCCCAGCGGGUGGCGCUGCUGUUGAGGAACCUGGGCAUCACGGCCAUCCCUCUUCACGGACAGAUGAGUCAGAAUAAACGUCUCGGCGCUCUGAACAAGUUCAAGUCCAAGUCUCGGUCUGUGCUGCUGGCAACAGACGUGGCCUCCAGAGGGCUGGACAUUCCUCACGUUGACUGCGUAAUCAAUUACGACAUCCCCACUCAUUCCAAGGACUACAUCCACAGAGUUGGCCGAACAGCCAGAGCGGGACGAUCUGGGAAAUCCAUCACGUUCGUCACCCAGUACGACGUGGAGCUUUUCCAGAGAAUCGAAACCUUAAUCGGGAAGAAGCUUCCGUCCUUUCCGACUCAAGAAGAAGAAGUGAUGAUGCUGGUGGAGAGGGUGAGCGAGGCCCAGAGGUUUGCCCGCCUGGAAAUGAAGGAACAAGGUGAGAAAAGGAAAAGGCCCAAAGGUGGCGAUGGAGACGACGACGACACAGAACAAGCCAGCGGAGUGAGGAAGAAAGUUAGAGGAGGACCGGGUGGAGGACUGGGUGGAGGAGGAGGAGGAGGAGGAAGAGGAGGUGGAGGAGGUGGUGGAGGAGGAGGGAAGAAGCGAGGCGGAGCAGCCUGGAGGGGAGGACGCUGAAGUGUACAUACCUACAACAUACGAUGCCUUUCCUGUUUGUGAUGUGGAAACAGGAGUACAUGCGCUUUAGUAUGGACACAAAUGACUAUUUAAUGACAGAAGACCUGCUUUCCUCGGUCGUGUGUGAGAGUUUCUGUUUCCAUUUGUAAUAAAACACCACUGUAAAAGCUUA